AGUAAGUCAUUCAGACGACCGACAGCAUAUGUUAUCGAUCCUAGAUGUCGGUGAUGAAAUAGGAAUUUUCUCUUGUCACAAAGGAAGUACAUAUGGAAAUCGCAUUUGAAUCAGACAACUAUGGCUUCCAUUUCAACAUCAUUUACUGAUGACUUUCUUAGAUGUUCAAUCUGUUUUGAAAUUUACAAAGAGCCACAGAUCCUGCCAUGUCUUCAUUCUUUCUGCAAGGGGUGCAUACUAAAUUUCACGCAAACUGAAAGUUUAAAUAGACAAUUCAACUGCCCGUUAUGCAGAGAGCCCUUCUCAACUAACGAAGCAGGAUUAAAAACAAACUUUUUCUUACAGAAUAUGAUAGAUGAAAUAACAAAAAUGGAUUCCACGGAAAUUUUCUGUUCGUUUUGUAAACUAUUGAACGAAAAUGAACUUGCUGUCUCCCAGUGUAUUACUUGUCUAGACUACCUCUGCAAGAAAUGUUCGAAAUCAAGACAUACCUUCACUAGACAAACGAAGGAUCACAAAGUUGUAUCUCUUCAGGAUAUUAAAGCAGGAAAAUAUAAUAAGGAAUUAAGAUCUGCUCAAAAAACACCAUGCCUACAGCACAGCGAUGAAAAGCUUCGUUACUUCUGUAUUCAAUGCAAUUUAUCAGUUUGCCGAGAUUGCAUUAUCUUUAAUCACAGAAAUCACGAUUUCAAACUGAUUUCUGAUGCUCGAAAGGAAAAAGAGGAACAAAUUACAAAGGUUAUUUCACCAUUAAGAGAAAAAGUAGAGAUUUUAAAGAAGAACGAUGCAGAAAUCGGUAGAAAAAUGGAGGAUAUCGUAAGUAGAGAGUCAAUAAUUAAAGCAGAAAUUGAAAAGGUGUACAAAGAAGCAAUGAAAUGUAUUGAUAUGUCUCAUAAAAAUGUUCUGAAAGAGCUAACCGAACGAAUGAAAUUAGCGAAAGGACGUCUGCAGUUGGUGCGUGAUAAAUCUGAUGAGGUUACAAGCAACAUUGAAGAAUCAAUAAACCUUUCAGUUGCGAUCAUAAAUCGGGGGGAUGAUGUGGAAGUUUUGUCUGUUCUUGACGAUAUAAUUGAAAGACUUACAACAUUAAACAAUUCUGAAGUGAUACAGGAAUGUCAAGUUCCUUCUGUUGAUAUCCCGAACUUUCAAAUCAAAUGGGAAGAACCACAUUGGAUAUUAUCUACCUCCGAAAACGCUAUAGAAUCGGAAAGAAAACCAAAGACAAGUUUAACUCAGCCGAAAGAAGAAAAGCCAAUGGACCCAAAGGAGAAUACUACUUUAUCGGAAACAAACAUUGCAAAGAUGAGCGCUGCAGAGAAAUAUUUUGCAACUAUGCCAAAGGCAAGACGUUUAGCUGAAAAUAUGGAUACAAUGCAAGGAAAACUUAGCCUAAGUUUAAUAAAAGUAUUUGUCAUUAGCGAAGAAGAUGAAAAACGUAACCCAAUAUAUUCUAGUGUUGCUUGGAUAAGUAAUGAUCGAUUAAUCGCAAUAGAUAAAGAAAAUUGCAAAAUAAAAAUGCUUACGUUAUCAUCUGGAGAGAUAAAUUCUGUGAAGGUAAAAAAUGCUUUAGGAAUUGUUACUUCCAAAUGUUUGCUGGCAUGCAGAACCACAGACUCAGAUUUGAUAUUUUUUGAUCUCGAUUUGAAGGAACAAAAUAAGAUUAAAGACGUAAUGACUGUUAUUCCUCAUGACCCUGACAAAAACACACUAGCAUGGAUGUCAAAAAAUAAAAUCUUCAUUAAAACUGAGAAAACUGUCACGGAGAAAGAUUUAUUGGAUAAUAAGGGCAACAAAACGUCCUUAUGCUCACCAAAAUAUGCAUGUGCUCUACCAAAUAAUAUAUUUGUCAUUUCUGAUUGGGGAGACGAUUGUGUGUAUUUUCUGGAUGAAGGCUUCAAAAUCAUCAGAAAGAUCGAUACUUACCCUGGGUCAAUUGCAUUUGACAGUAAAACAAAUGUCUAUAUCACCGACUAUCAUAACAACUGUUUAUUCUUGUUUAAUACAAAAGGAGAUUUGAUAACCCAGUUAAAACUAGGCAAAGAUCAAAGUUCGCCGCGAUCCAUUGCAAUUUUGAAAGACAAAGUUCUUGUAGCCGGUAAAGGAAAAAUCUGUAUGUAUGAUAUACAGUUCUAAACAUAUCAAAUGUCAAUCAGUAGAACACGCUUAUAAGAAAGAGGCGGACAAUUUGGCCUUGUAAUAAGCGUAAUUCGUUAUAUCCGUUAAAUCAAUAAUAGCCCCAGCUAAUUCACUCUAACUUUGCUGCUGUUUUUAAUGUCUCUCCUAAAUCUAAGUACUCAUUCUUUCGAACAUUGUUCUUGUCAAUUUUUUAGUUGAUUAUUCCCCAUAUUAACAUAAACACCUGAGGGCGCUUUGGUUGCAACUGCCUUUUUCAAUCUUUCAGGAAUAACUUAGGUGGGUUAUAAUUUGUCAUCUUGUUAUUUUGGUAUUAUUUAUUUGAACUGUCAGGCACUAAGUAAAUAUCCUUAUCUGCAGUAAUGUAACUCCUGAAUAUUUGAAAGUAUCCUUUAGAUUUAGAUAUAUAUGCAUUAUUGCUUGACCUCUGCAUCCCCUCGGAUCGAGGCUUUUACCUUUUGAGAUAGUGUGUUGUGAACUUUGACCUCUGAAUUAUGUUUGAAUGUUUAAUUAUUAUAAGUAAACUUUGCUUUCUUGUUUUGCCAAAGACAUAAAAAAACUUUCGAUAGUAUGUUUUCUGAAUACAGUACUACUUGUGCCCAGUUUUCGCCACAAUAACAUUUAUUUAAAUAUAUUCCUUGUGUUUUUAUGCAUGCACUUAUCUGAGAUUAUGUAUUUUGAGAUCUCG